AUGAGGGUAUCCCUGGUGCAAAAUGCUCGAUUCCACCACGGCCAAAGGUACCUGCUUCUCCCGGGAUAUGCGCAAGACGGUAUCUCGAUUCCGGCUCUGCCCUUGCGCAUCACCAAGAUCGGAUCCGACGCUGGCCGCAUCGCCAAUGAUACGGCGGUGGUUGACCUAAACGCUAAGGACCAGUUCCUCGCCUUCCUCUUCCUGUCUCUCGCCCUCAGCAUGCUCGACGAUGGCCACCUCGACGACGAAGCGUAUGCCGACUUCAGCGACUCAGUUUUUUACAAGGAAGCUGGCGCAAAGGCUGAGGCCGAUCUCAGAUGGGUACCCCAGCCAGCCGCCGGCCGCAUCUCCUUGACCGACAACCUUAUCCAGCUCAGCGGCGAUGGAGGGGCCGAUAUCAGCUGGCCUCCCGGUUCUCUCGCUUAACGUACACGACGGCAUUAGCACAUUACACGUCGGACCUUAUCACGAGAUCAAGCAGGGUGGGCGGCGAUAUAUUCGAUACCCCUGUACAAAUAUUCGGCGAAUGUGAUACACUAAAACUUAGCGAGAUGAG